ACCCUGGCCAAGAAGCAGCACAGGAAUUGAAAGACAAACAGAAGUAGGAUACAAAGAAGCAGAGCGACAAAUAGAAGGAAGAACGAAAGAGCAGGAGAGCCAGAAGAGAUACAGGAAAAAGAGAGAGAAGGAGAAGGGAGAGUAAGACAGAAAAGAAAGAAAAAGAGAAUGGCUGCAUCAUCAGAUUGGAGCUGUCUUCUCACUUGGACUGUCCUGAUGGCCCUCCUGGGACAAGGUUCAUGGGCCCAGGUCUCAGGCUGCGGUAGUGCCCCCCUGAACUCUGGGGUGCUCAAUGGCUCAGACGCCCCUGCAGGCAGUUGGCCGUGGCAGGCCAGUAUCCACCGCUCAGGCAGCCACGUCUGUGGAGGAUCCCUCAUCAGCAACCAGUGGGUCCUCACCGCAGCAUCCUGCUUCCCCAGUACCUCUACCAGUGGACUGACGGUGUAUUUGGGCCGUCAAAACCAGACGGGCAGCAACCCCAAUGAACAGGUCAGGACUCCUUUCCGCAUCAGCCGGCAUCCCGACUACGAUGCGAGCACGCAUGAGAACGACAUCGCCCUGGUGCUGCUGGCUGCUCCCCUGGUUUACUCCGACUACGUCCAGCCCGUCUGCCUGGCCGACAGCAGCAGUGCCUUCCACACUGACACGGAGAGCUUGGUUACGGGGUGGAGAAAUGCUGCAGGAGUGCUGCAGCAGGUGCGUGUUCCUGUGAUGGGCAACAGACAGUGCAUCUGUCUCCAUGGCAGCAACAGCAUCACUGACAACAUGAUGUGCGCCGCUGACCUGUCUUCAGACAACCAAACUUGUGUGGGAGACUCAGGAGCUCCCCUGGUGGUCAAACAGGGAAGUGCGUGGGUGCAGGCUGGCAUUGCCAGUCAGGGGGGCAGGUGUGGUGGGGCAGGAGUGCCAGGUGUCUACACACGCAUUUCCCACUACAUGGAUUGGAUCAACCUGCAGGGCGUCACCCCGGGAUACGUCAGCUUCCUGUCCCCAGGGCAGGACAGCAGUGACCUCAACGUCACCUGUGCAGCUCUCACCACCACCACUGGAGGGCCUACUAGCCCGCCCAUCACCACCACCAGCAACCUCCCCAAAGUGUGUGGUCGUGCCCCGCUGAACACUGGGGUGAUCAGUGGCCAAGAUGCCCCAGCAGGUAGUUGGCCGUGGCAGGCCAGUUUCCAUCGCAAUGGCAGCCACUUCUGUGGAGGGUCGCUUGUCAGCAAACAGUGGAUUCUGACGGCUGCACACUGCUUUCCCAGCACCUCCACCUUUGACCUUACGGUCUACCUGGGGCUUCAGAGCCAGGAGGGCAGCAAUUCCAACCGGCAGAUCAGGUUCGUUGCACGCAUCGAGAAGCACCCCGACUACAACGCCACCUCUCGUGACAAUGACAUCGCCCUGGUUCUACUGUCCGCCGCCCUCACCUUUAGCGACUACAUCCGGCCCGUCUGCCUGGCAGCUAACGGGAGUGUCUUCCACAACGCCACCGAGAGUUGGGUGACUGGAUGGCCAAACUCAACUGCAGAGAGCCCUGCCACCUUGCAGCAGGCAGCUCCCCUAGUGGUGGGAAACAGACAGUGCAACUGCACCAGGAAGGACCUUGAUAUCACAGACGAUCUCAUCUGUGCUGGAGCCGACACUGGAGGCACCUGUCAGAGGGACCUGGGUGGGCCUCUGGUUAGCCGGUGGAGUACGGUGUGGGUGCAGUCGGGUGUGGUGCCCUCUGGAGGCCGGGAGUGUAACAGCAGCCUGAGUGUCUACACCAGGACCUCCAUCUACCAGACCUGGAUCAGCUACCACCUCGCAGUCGACCCGGCCGAGUUCGUAAUGUUUGACUCCACUGUGGAUGAUGCCGACAGCAGUUUCAAGUGUCCAGUUGCUCCAGAGACGACUACACCUCCGCCAUCAGCCAAGACCACCACGUUGCCUCCUAGGUCAUUUGCAUCAGCACUCCGGGCCUCAUUUCUUCAGCUGUGUGCUGGACUGGUGUCUGUGUUGUGUUUGUGUACAGCUGUGACCCUCUAGCCUGCUCUAGACCUGCUGUGGCACGUUUAUCGGCAGUAUAAUUGCUAACUAAGUUAGCAACGUACUUGGUUGCAAUACAAUUUCCCAUUGGCAACUUACUAAGUUGCUAAUUGGUUAGCAAUGGCACUGUCGUGAAACCUAUCCUGUGUUUUCUUGGUUUGUACUUAUGCUCUGACAUACUGACUGUUUGGCAUCAUUCAUGUGGGGGUCGUUUAUUUUUAAUUAAUGAAUCAAUGAUAUUAUAUUUUCACAUGUUCAAUACUUUCCUUACGUGUAAUUUAAUGAGGCACUGCAAUACACAAUACAGGGUCUGCAUUUACCACAACACUGAUUUGAUUAUAUCAAUGACAGAAUUUAAAGUCUGGAGUAAUCCUGAAUGUUGGGUACAGUGGGGAAUAAUUGUAAUGAUCUGAUGCUUAGUUUUGAAUUGAUUUAAUUAAUUAUUUCUUUACAUAACAUAUAUCUUAAAUUCAAUAUAGUGAGCACUACAAUAUUGGGGCUUGUACCCUGUACCCUGAAGCCAUUAGAUUGCUAAAUUCUAGUGCUCUCAUAUUGGUCUCUGGACUAGUGUUCUGUGAUUUUUCCUUUUAAGGGAUGGCCCUUAGUGU